AAAUGCCCUAAUAACUAUUGGUAUAAAAAGAACGGAUUUAGCAGUGAGUAGUUGUUGUUCUCUCUCUAGGGUCUUUUCAUAUUCGGCGGUGGUGCUCUCGUCUUCUCGGUUUCGAAAUGGCGAAGAGAACGAAGAAGGUAGGAAUCGUCGGCAAGUACGGAACUCGUUAUGGAGCGAGUAUCAGGAAGCAGAUUAAGAAGAUGGAGGUCAGCCAGCACAGCAAGUACUUCUGUGAGUUCUGCGGCAAGUACGGAGUGAAGCGAAACGCAGUUGGUAUCUGGGGAUGCAAGGAUUGUGGCAAGGUCAAGGCCGGUGGUGCUUACACCAUGAACACCGCCAGUGCCGUCACUGUCAGAAGCACAAUCAGGAGGUUGAGGGAGCAGAUCGAGGGUUAAUAUCUUCCUUCCUAUGCUUUGUCAUUCAUUUGGCUUAAUAUCAUGUUUUGCAAUACUAUUCUCAUCUUUUCUAUUCAAGACGCUGUUACAUUUAGCUUUGAAUCAAUGUUCUUAUUGGAGUU